AUGGCCCUGCAGCCCAGCUAUACUGGCUGUUGUCACUUGUCACCUGUAACUCUAAGGUUGCCAUCAUCUAACACUCAUACCAGCAGCUCACCACUGCUGAGUCCAGCUCUAAGUGAUGCAGAAAGUUCCAGAACUGAUGAAGAGGAAUCGGAGCAAAAGAUGGAUGAAGCUUACUACAUAACCAAGGAGAUACUGAGCACAGAGACAACUCACCUCAAGGAUGUUGAAGUCAUUACCGUAUCACUACACGGAUCUCUGGGUAAGGUAGAAAGUCUUCAGGGAACCUCUGAACAGAGAAUGAAGGCUCUGUUUUCUAGCAUGGAGUCUGUUCACCAGUUUCAUCAAGUUUUUCUGCAGCAACUGGAAGAUGUGCUUACUCUUUGGGAGGGUCGAUCUGCACAUGCCAAGGACACCCAGAUAAUAGGUGAUUUCAUGCUUAGGAACAUGACAGCUUUAAGGGGACUUUUGCCAUCGUUGCAUAGACUGGAAGAGGUAUUCUUGGAAUUACAGAGAGACUCUCCAGGACAGCAAGAACUGGAAUCUCUUUUGCAAGAGUUUGAGCAGCAGAAAGUUUGCUAUUUGCCACUCAGCUGCCUCCUGCUGAAGCCCUUACAGCGCCCCCUUCAGUAUGAGAAACUGCUGGAGAGGCUAUGUCGUCAUUAUCCACCCUCACAUCAUGACUACAACAACUGCCAGCGAGCAUUGGGUGAAGCGAGUGUAGUGAGUUCAAGGCUCAGGCAUCGUCUGCUGCACUUGCAAAACCUGCAGAGACUAGACCAGUUGCAAAGAGAUCUGCUGGGAGGAGAGCAUCUUUCAUCUCCAGGCCGGGAAUUUAUUAGAGAGGGCUGUCUCUACAAACUGACGAAAAGCGGUUUGCAACAGCGCAUGUUCUAUCUUUUUUCAGAUAUGCUGUUAUAUACACGCAAGGGACUGAGCUGCACAAAUCAAUUUAGAGUUCAUGGCCGUCUCCCUCUCUUUGGGAUGUUGGCAGAGGAUAGUCAAAGCUCUGUCCCACACUGCUUUACAAUCUAUUCUGCACAGACAACUAUAGGAGUGGCUGCCAGCUCCCAACUGGAUAUGAGGUGUUGGUUGGAUGAUCUGAAUGCAGCUAUAAGCCGAGCUCCAAGAUACAGUGAAUUGUCUGCCCUGUCACUGCAGCAGCCAGUUCUUGUGUCCCCAGGACAAACUCAUCGUCCAAACACUCUGAGUCAUGUGUGCUGGUAUCGCAACCAAAGCGUCUCUCUUACUGACCACAUAACCAUGAUGGAGAACCAGCUCUCUGGUUACCUGCUUCGCAAAUUUAAAAACAGCAACGGGUGGCAGCGUUUGUGGGUGAUCUUUACCAACUUCUGCCUUUUCUUCUACAAAACACACCAGGAGGAUGCACCACUUGCCUCUCUGCCCCUUCUGGGUUACACUGUGAGUGUACCCUCAUUCUCAGACCCUGUUAGCUGUCAGCAUGUUUUUAAGCUGCACUUCAAAUCGCAUGUGUACUUCUUCAGAGCGGACAGCGAGUAUACAUGGAGGAGGUGGAUGGAAGUUAUCAGACGUGGUGUGAGUUUUCCUGGGAAGGUUGGUCACUUGACAGAGGAUGGCAACAUUUAAUAAAUAUUGACCGUUAUAAUCUUUUUCGUUGUAAUAAUAAAAAAAUAAAAUGAA